AUGUCUACCGAAGAGAAGCACCCCAAGGACGUUGUGAGCUCGGCCUCGUCCGACUCCUCCGCGCCUUCAGGCAACGUUGACGCCGCGUGGAAGUACCUCAAUGACCACCGCGAUGCCGGGGACGACACAAGCUCCGUCGACAUUGAUGCGCUUAGGCGCAAGAUAGAUUGGCGCAUCGUGCCGCUCAUGUUCCUCUGCUACACCAUGCAAUUCUUGGACAAGGUCAUUCUCAACUAUGCUGCAGUAAUGGGCUUGUCUAAAGACCUGAAGCUGGUCGGCAAUGAGUUCUCUAAUAUCGCCACCUUCCUCUUCGUCGGUCUUCUUUGCUUCGAGAUCCCCAACAUUUACUUCCUCCAGAUGGUCCCAGCGGCCAAGUGGCUAGGGCUGAAUGUCAUUCUUUGGGGUACUGCGACCGCUUGCGGUGCUGCCGCGCACAACUACCAGACUCUUCUCGUCUCGCGUGUUUUCCUAGGUAUAUUCGAGGCCACCAUCGGCCCAUCACUGAUGCUCAUCAGCUCCCAGUGGUAUACCAAGUCUGAGCAGGCCCCGCGCUUCUCCUUCUGGUACCUUGGCCUUGGUCUAGGCCAGAUCCUCGGCGGUGCCAUAUCGUAUGGGUUUCAGCACAUCCCUCCCCAUGCUGCCCUUGAUGGUUGGCGCAUCAUGUUCGUCGUGCUAGGCUGCCUUACCGUGACCAUCGGAAUCUGCACCGUCAUUUUCGUACCCGAUACGCCCAUGAAGGCGACUUGGUUGUCGGACAUAGAGAAGGUCGCCCUGUUGAAGCACGUCAGUGUCAAUCAGACUGGUAUCGAGAGCCGCAAGUUCCGCCCAAGGCAGAUACUCGAAGCCCUGAUGGACCCUCAGAUGUACCUGAUGACUCUAGCCGUUGUUCUCAUUUGGUUGGGCAGAGCUAACUCGCCGAAGCUUUCCGUAUCUAGCGGUGUUGUCACCACCUACUCUGCUACCCUGAUUCGCAAUCUCGGCUACGAUUCGAAGCGUGCUGCUCUGAUGAACAUGCCCUCUGGUGUGGUCAGCAUCUUUUUCACUCUUCUCGUCGGCUACGGUAUUCGUCGCACAUCCAACCGAUGGGCGUGGAUCGUGAUCUGCAUCAUCCCAGCCAUUAUUGGCGGUGCUCUGAUGUCUUUUCUCCCCGUCAGCAACCGCUCGGGCUGCCUGGCAGGUAUUUACCUUGUCAACGCCGUUGUCGCUCCUCUGACCGUCUUCUACGCCUGGACUGCUGCCAACUUUGGUGGUGCAACCAAGCGCGCCUUCGCCGCUGCCAUCGUUUCCGGCUCAUUCUCCUUGGGCAACAUCAUCGGCCCUCAGACCUUCCAGGCCAAGGACGCGCCCGAAUACCGCCCAGCCAAGAUCGCCGUCAUGGGCACUCAGGCCGGCUGUGCUAUCGUCACACUCGCCCUGUACGCGUACUAUCGCCUGGAGAACAAGAGACGCGGUGCCAUCAGGCAGUCCGAGGACGCGUACAUGGCGCCGGAGGUCUGGCAGUCAAUGACGGAUAAGGAGAACAAGUCUUUCCGUUACACUUACUAG